GGCGCGAGGCGGACAGGCUUUCCGCGGGAGCCUCGAAACCCUACUCGGGGAGCCGCUCGCGCGCUCCGGGCGGGGGGCCGGGUCCCGCGUCGCGCGCGCUCACGAGGCCGGGGCGGGGCGCGCGGGGUGCUGGCCGGGGGCGCCCGCUCCUCCCCCCGCGAGCGGCCGGGCUGGCGGCGCCGAGCCCCCUGCGCGCGGCCCAUGGGGCGCUUGACCGAGGCGGCGGCAGCGGGCGGCGGCGCUGCGGCGGCGAGCUCGGCAGGGCCCCCGCCCACUCCCCUGCCCCUCUCGGCCACCUCCCCCGGCUGCCCGGCCACCAUGGCGUUCAGCGAGGAGGACGGCACCAACGGCGCCUCGGAGGCCAGCGAGGAGAGGGAGGCCCCCAGCAAGAGAAGGCGCCUGGGCUGGGCGGCCACCGCCUGGCUCACGUUCUACAACAUCGCCAUGACCGCGGGGUGGUUGGUUCUAGCUAUUACCAUGGUGCGUUUUUAUAUGGAAAAAGGAACACACAAAGGUUUAUAUAAAAGUAUUCAGAAGACACUUAAAUUUUUCCAGACAUUUGCCUUGCUUGAGGUAAUCCACUGUUUAAUUGGAAUUGUACCUACUUCUGUGCUUGUGGCUGGGGUCCAAGUCAGUUCCAGAAUCUUUAUGGUGUGGCUCAUUACUCAUAGCAUAAAACCAAUCCAGAAUGAGGAGAGUGUGGUGCUGUUUCUGGUCGCGUGGACUGUGACAGAGAUUACUCGCUAUUCCUUCUACACAUUCAGUCUUCUCAACCACUUGCCAUACUUCAUUAAGUGGGCCAGAUAUAAUUUUUUUAUCAUCUUAUAUCCUGUUGGAGUUGCUGGUGAACUUCUCACUAUAUACGCUGCCUUACCAUAUGUGAAGAAAACUGGAAUGUUUUCAAUAAGACUUCCUAAUAAAUACAAUAUCUCUUUUGACUACUAUUAUUUUCUUCUUAUAACCAUGGCAUCGUAUAUACCAUUGUUUCCACAACUCUAUUUUCACAUGUUACGUCAAAGAAGAAAGGUGCUUCAUGGAGAGGUGAUUGUAGAAAAGGAUGACUAAAUGACCUCUACAAACAAGGUGCUUUUUCCAGAAUAACCAGGAUUACUUGAGUCCAAGUUUUAAUAACAAGAAUAAACAACUUCAUGAAAUACUACAGAUUGUAUUAUUUCUUCAAAUAUACCUUGAGAUACGUGGUGUUUGCCAAUAUUUGUCUUCACACUGUGCCAUGUCCAUUUUCUACAAGAACUAUGCAAGUAUUUAUCAACUCCUGGGUAGGCGAUCAUCAUUAAGAAAAUGGUGUAUUACUUGCAAAAAACCCUUUUGUUAGUUUUUUUUAGUUUCACUAAAUUGUUAUGCUCAAAGCUUUAAAAACCAAUAUUUAGUAAUUAGUUUUGUGAUUUAACAUAUUCCUGCCAAUAAUAAUUUAUGUGAUAUUUAUAAAUGAAAGUAAAUACAGAGUUAUAAUAGCUUAUUAAUAAUGUAUUGGUGUUUCUUGAAACCAAAAGCUAUUUUUUCAAGUUAUAAGGGAGCAUUUUGACUAAUAACAGUUUUUGGAAGCAUGGAUAUACUUUACUGUCAUGAGACUUUUGAUAUAGAUGUCACAAUUGGUAAAUAUUAUUUGAAAAUAUGUCUACACCAUUGAAAUUACUUACAUUACUAAGCAAAUUUAUUUUUAUUUGAAAUUGCCAUUCUAAGAUAACCCUUUCAACUCUAAAGAUUUUAAAGGAUUAGAAACAACAUAAGUAUAUACUUUGCCUCCCUUAUUAAAAAAAUAAAGACAUUAGGUCUGAUCAUAAUAUUGCACUCGGAAUUCUGGCAGGGAAAGGCUGCUCUAUUCCAUGGAAUCGUCUAAUAAAAAUCAUGUUAUAAUAACAUUUUUGAGGUACUGAGGUUAAGAAGUUUUGGGCUAUGGCCUGAAAAAGACUCAUUUUAUCUGAAUUGCACUGGAAAGCAAGUCUUACAGUAAAGCCCUCUGUGUGUUUAAUAGAAUGAUACACUGAAAGAUAUACUUUUAAACUGUUUUAAUUCUAAAGUAGGUCCUUUAAAAAUUUUCCUCCUUCUGUUAAGAUAUGCUGCUUAGUCAAGUAAACUAACCCAGUUUAGAGAGAACACUAAAUAUGUGACUUUAAAAGAGAAGGAACUUUUGCCUACCGUAAUAUAUAGGCAUAAUUUUGGCUUGAAAUGUUCUGUUAUUGCUUGUGUUUACAUCAACAUGUAACAUUACACUUCAACAUUUUGUUACCACGUCCUUUUCAAAUGAUUUCACGUGAUUUGUAGUUCAGAAUAGUUUUGCAAACUCUCAUUUUAGAUAACUUGAAUUUUAUAAGGUGCUAUUUCUUUUAUUACAUUAUAUUGUAAUAUUUCCUGUGCAGCUUAAUGUUUUAAUGAGCAAUUAUGUAUUAGGUUACUAAUUCUCAAAAUGCUGAUGUACAUUCUCUGCUUACAUGGCUUGAUUAGUUUUCAUUUUGAAUUUUUAUAUGGAAGAGAUUUUCAGGGAGAUUUUAUCUUUGGUAAUAUAGUAUAAAACGUUCACAUAUUUAUCUUGUUAGAUUCCUGUCUUAUGAAAAAUACUUCAAAUCCUUUUCCUGAAAUUUGUAUUAAUUCAACUCAUGCUUCCUUUGAGCAACUGUACUACUUUUUUUUACCCCCGCUUAAGUUGUGGAAUAUCUUGAAGUAGAAAUUGUGAUUAACUUUAAUUAGAAAGGAAAAUGCCCCUCGUGCACUGUUGGUGGGAAUGCAGAUUGGUGGAGCCCUGUGGAAAACAGUAUGGAGUUACCUCAAAAAUUAAAAAUGGAACUGCCUUAUGACCCAGCAAUUCCACUUCUGGAAAUAUAUCUGAAGAAACCCAAAAACACUAAUUCGAAAGACUUUAUGCACCCCUAUGUUCAUUGCAGUAUUAUUUACAAUAGCCAAGAUUUGGAAGCAGCUAAGUGCCCAUCAGUAGAUGAGUGGAUAAAAAACUGGUAUAUUUACACAAUGGAACACUACUUGGCCGUAAAAAAGAAGGAAAUCUUACCUUUUGUGACAGCAUGGAUGGACCUAGAAAGUAAUAAACGAAAUAAGCCAGUCAGAGAAAGACAAGUGCCAUAUGAUUUCACUUACAUAUGGAACCUAACGAAUAAAAUAAACUAACCAACAGAAACAGACUCAUAGAUACAGAGAACAGACUAACAGCUAUCAGGGGGGUAGGGGUUGGGAAGCUGGGUGAAAAAGGUGAAAGGAUUAAGCAAAAAAAAACCCAAACAUGCUCUCUCUCUCUCUCUCUCUCUCUCUCUCUCUCUCUCUCUCUCUCUCUCUUUCUCUCUCUCACACACACACCCCAGUAUGGUGAUUACCAGAGGGAAAAGGGGUGGAGGGAGGCAGAAGAGGGUGAAGGGGGGAUAAAUGGUAAUGGAAGGAGACUUGACUUGGGGUGGUGAGCACACAAUUCAAUAUACAGAUGAUGUAUAUAGAGUUUUACACCUGAAUAAAUGCCACCCUUAUAAAUAAAAUAAAAUUAAAAACUAAAAGUACAAACUCAUAGAGAUCAGGACAUAUCUUACACUAAAUCUGUAUGCCCACACUGCAGUAUGUGUAAAAGGUAUUUGAUAAAUUCAUAUGGAAUGAUAAAAAUGCAUCAAACUCUUCAGUGACCUAUGGUAAUAUACUCAAAGUAUGCAUAAAUACUAGUAUGCAUAACUUCAGUUUAUCUUCAGUAUCUCCUAUUUCAACUAAUUCUAAACCAUUCUGUGUAGAAAAUAAAGUGCUUAAAUGGUACUUUGAUUUAAAGAAGAGAAAGUAUUUGAAAGCCCUUUGCACAUGUUUCCUGUGGACUGUACCUUUUUUUGGAUUGCUUCUGAAGUCACCAUAAGUGUUGAGUCAGGGUUUGAAUCAAGUAGAACCUGAAUUCGGUCCUGUAGACAUGUAUCAAUAAAUUUUAAUACUAGCAACUUUCUAUUAGCUUGGUGACAUUCCUUCAAAUUCUGGUUUUAAAAUUUUAAUAACUUUAUAGCUUGAUGUAUUAUAUAAUAUAUACAAUGUCUUAUUUUUCUUGGUCUUAAUUUGAUAUUAAUACAGCAACAUCUCUGCUAGGUUAUAGCUUCAUAAAAACAGCAUGUCAAAAUAAAUAUUUAAAACUUCAUUUUCACCAAAAGCUUUUGUGACUUGAUUUCUGAUGAUUUUAAGAAACAUUAUUUUUUCAUCUUUAGAUUCGUAAGUAUCUAAUUAUCAUUCAACUCUUAUUGUUUCUAAUGAUAUGUUGCAAAUGAUAUGAAAUUAUGUAAUAAUACUUUUCCCCCCUACCACAAAUAUUUAUUUUGUGCCCAGUGUGUGUCAAAUACUGUUGUAGGGAAUUACCAUCUUCCUCCUGUUAUACCUUUCUCUGCUCAAAUCUUUGACAUAUUUACCAGGUUAAAUUGGUUAGGAAAUUACAUUGCAAAAUAAUUAUCUAUGCUUUAACAAAAUAUAGUGCAUUGGUAAUCUGAUGGUUGCAGGGUUCUUUGUUAUUUAUAUAUGUAUAAGUGUGUCAGAGCACCACUAAAUAGAUAACAUUCUGGUUUAAAACUAGUUCAAACAAACUAAAAACAAUCAUUGAAUAUAAUCGAUAAAAUAGCCCGGCCAGAUUGGCUCAGUGGUUGAGCAUCGGCUAUGAACCAGGAGUUCACGGUUCAAUUCCUGGUCAGGGCACAUGCCUGGGUUGCAGGCUGGAUCCCCAGUGUGGGGGCAUACAGGAGGCAGCCAAUCAAUGAUUCUCAUCAUUGAUGUUUCUAUCUCUCUCCCUUUCUCUCUGAAAUCAAUAAAAAUAUAUUUUUAGAAAAGGAUAAAAAAAUUAUUGUCAUUUAAAAAUAACUAUAAAAAGCAGCAUUUAAAAUAUUUUGUAAAUGAAUGUGCAAAAGGUAGGGGUAUUUUUAUUUAACAUAUGUAGAUCUGAAAUAUACAUGUAAUUGAUAGGAUAAAAAUAUGAGUAACACAGUUAUGAAAGCAUUAAAUGGAAUUGAAAGUACAAUUUCUUCAUAUUUUUAGGCUAAAUUUAUAAAACAUCUUAAAUAGAUAAUUCAAAACAGCUUAAAUAUAUAACCUAAACGUUUUAGCUUUUUUUUUAGUGUUCUUGUAACAACUUUUAAAAAUAUAUUUAUCACCUGGCCAGCAUGGCCCAGUGGUUGAGCUUCAACCUAUGUAGCAGGAGGUCUCGGUUUGAUUCCUGGUGAGGGCACAUGCCUGCAUUAUGGGUUCAAUCCCCAAUGAGGGGCAUGCAGGAGGCAGCCAGUCAAUGAUUCUCUCAUCAUUUAUGUUUCUAUCUCUCCCUCUGCCUUUCUCUCUGAAAUCAAUAAAAAUAUAUUUUCAAAAAACAUCUUUAUCAAUUUUUUAGAAGUAUUUUUUCAUUGAUCUCAGAGGGGAGGGGGGGAGGGAUAGAACCAUAGAUUGGCUGCCUCUUGCACGUCCAUUACUGGGGAUUGAGCCCGAAACCAGGUAUGUGCCCUGGCCAGGAAUUAAACCAGCGACCUCCCGGGGCAUGGGACGACAACCAAGCAACGGGGCUACACGGGCCGGGCCACUUCUGUAUUUGAAACCUACAGAAACGCUGCAAAAAUGUAGGAAACCUUCACUUGAAUUCCCCACAUGUUACCAUUUUGUUUGAUUUGCUGUUGUUUUCUCUCCGUAUGUAUUCAUAAUAUUUUGUGAAUCAUUUGAGAGAAGUUGAAAACAUUAACCCCUAAUUGCUUCAGUGCCUAUUUCCUAAGAAUAAGGACAUUUCUGACAUAGCCACAGUACAGUGAUCAAAAUCAGGAAAUUAACAUUGAUAGAAUCCCUUUAAGCCACAGGGUUUGUUUAAAUCUCAUCAGCAUGAUGUUCUGAGCACGUGUAUAUUCUGGGACCAGGUCCAAUCCAGGUCAGGCAUUACAUUUAGUUUUCAUCUCCUUUAGCCUCGAGCUGAUCCUUACUGUUUUCUUCGUGUUUCAUGACUGACAUUUCAACAGAACCAGGCAGGUAUUUUAUAGAAAGUCCCUCCAUUCAGAUUUGUUUGAUGUCUCAUCAUUAGAUUUAAUUCACUCCUGAGCAGGAAUUUGAUUUGUUCCACUUUCUAAUGAUACUAAUUUUGAUGUUUUAGGGUUUGUGGUUUUUAAUAUUUUUUAAAAAUAUUGUUUGUUGCAGAGUAACAUAGAUAUCUUGCAAGUAGAAGGCCUUUUGGCCUAAUUCUUCGGAGUUUGACUUUGACAUAUGGCACUGGGAUUUUUAUUUUUUACCUGAAUAUGCCUGUGCUCUGAUACAUGAAAAUGAAUGUCUUUUUAAAUGCUUAAAAAGUAGUAAAUUCUUUUACACAUGCAAUUUCCAGGCAUAUUAUUAACUCACCUUUAUAUUGGCUUUUAUGCUGCUAGAUUGUAAAACUCUGUGUAAUUAAUACACUUUGGUUUUGCUUUAUAAUUCAUAACUACAGCAUUCUGUUCUUACAUUAUUAUAUACCCUUACCAUAAUAUUCUGCUUUACUAAAAUGAUAUAUAAUGUAUGAUUGAAAUUCCUUUAAAAUACAUUUUAUUUCUUGAUUUAUAAUGGUGUGUUACCCCUAUAAAUACAUAUUUUAAUUUGUUUUUAUUGAUUUUUAGAUAGAGAAAGGGAGAGGGAGAGAGAAACAUUGAUUGGCUGCCUCCUGAAUGCCCCCUACUGGGGAUCAAGCCAGCAACCUGGGCAUGUCCCCUGACUGAGAAUCAAAUCAGUGACCUCUUGAUGCUCAGUCCACUGAGCCACACCAGCUGGAUCUUACCCCUAUAUUUUUAUAUGCAAUUUGUACAAUUUGAGAAUUAAAAAUUAUUCUUAAGUCCACUUAACACUUUGUGGUUUUAGGGUACAUUGAGGAUAAUGACUGUGCAACAAUUAUUUUCAGACUACAGCUUUUAUGAGUCAUCUGAGGACCCAGAGUCCCUCCCUUAGAGAUUUUGCAUCAGUGGCUGUGGGGCUGUGAACUCCUCUUCUUUGGCAAGGUGCUGGGCAGUCCUGAUGCAGGCAGCUUAGUUGUUUCACUACCCUUUGAGAAACACUGCAAUAGUGAAAUAUCAGGGUUGAGGGACAUGAAUUUUUCCAAAUCCCAUAUUCAAUGUACAUACAGAACUGAAAAAACCCAGCAUUCCUAUGUCAUUAUAAUCAAAAUGGAUGCCAUAGUUUUAAGUUUAUAAAAAUGAAAAACUUGAUAUUUGCAAAUAUGAAGUAGUAAGACAUUUUGUAUGUGUUUUUAUAGCCAUACAAUUGAUCUGUUCAUUCACUUAAGUAAUGUAGAGCAUAAGACAGGUAACAGUAGUAAAAUCCAGAUUAAUAGUCAGUUUUUUUGUUGUGCUGAAUUUAAUGACAUGAAAUAAAUGGACAGCAUUAUAAUUAGAAACUGUUAAAAGAUUUUUCUUUAGUAGUAUUGUUAAUUGAACAGAACCUCUAGUGGUUUGUUUUUUUAAUAAAACAUUUUAGGAAUAAAUUCAACAUUGUGGAAAACAUACAUGGUCCAGUUUUUGAGAAAUCUGCAUGACAGGAAGUAAUUAUAAUUUGCCUAAAUGAUUUUUAAUUGAAUCCUAAAUUGACCAAAAUAGGUUUGUGGCAAAAUAGAUAUGUUCAGAAGCUGUUUGUUUUUUUUUAGUUAAACUUUAAUUGAAAUUAAGUCCCUUAGAACAGAAAUAAAUUUUAUGAAUAGAGGAAAUGAAAAAUUAAUUUACCUUAAGUGUACUUGAGAAAAAAUAGACUUUAAAACAAUUUUCAUCUUGGAGAAUGUACAUUUUUAAGUCUCAAAUAUUAAAUUAUUUUCAAAACUUAAUUUACAACUUAAUUUAUAUCUUGCAUAUUUGCUUCAAAAUCUGGUGUUACUUUUUUGUUUCAAUUCCAAAAUCAACAUAUAUGAGAUAAUGUAUAUUAUAAAAACUGAAUUUGCAGCAUUCAAAGCAUACAUAUUUUUAUGAAAAUAUUUUGGAAAGUUCAGAAUUUAUAGAGGAGUUGAGAUUUUAGUAAUCAGUAUGAGCUACACAGUGUGUUAAAUAGUGAAAGUUAAAUAUGUGCAUGGCUAGAAAAAAGGCUUUAAUGGUUAUAUUUUGAAAAUAUUGGUUAUUUUACAGGUUGAACAUGUUCAUAGUUAUGAAGGAUUUUUGGCCCUGGAAAAUUCCUAGUUAUUUAUUAUGUUAUGGGGUUAACUGCUUUCUGUAAAUGCAUUCAUAUAGUUUUUGAGAAAGCAUUUAAAAGGUAUUUUCUGUGAAUUAAAUUUACAUGCACAUAUACUUUGCAAGCACACAUUGAGUUUUCUUUAAAAUAUGGUUUCUGUUGGGUAAACAUUAAGAGAAGAUAAGAAAUUACCACAUUUAUUUAAAAGUUUUGUGGAAUUAGGUCUGAGCUGUUUAGUACCAGGUCUAGUUUGUAGUGAAAUUAAAUAGAUUAAAGCUAUAAAUAUUUAUUUAGUGGUAAAGAGUAAAUGGAUUUAUUUAUUGGCAAAUACUAGCAAAAUAAAAAUUAUAAAGUAUAUGUUAGGAUAUCAAUAUUAUUAGACUGAUGAUGCAUAUGAAAUUCUGUUUCAUCAGUCAUAUUCUUUGGUGGAAUGGUGACAUGUGUAAUGAAUGGUUAAGGACUGGGGCCUGGGAGUGAGACUUGUACUAAUUUGGGAAAAAGUACUUAACUUUCUUCAGCUUGAAGAUCCCUCAUCUGUAACAUGGGGUAAGAAGUUGUCUGAGUUGCAAAUGGGAUAACAUCUAUAAUUAUGUAGCACAGAGCUUGUCAAAUAUAAGUACACGCUAAAUGUUAGCUAUUAAUGACAUGUUUUGCUUUUAAUGAUUUUAUAACAACUAUAUUGUGCCAGGUGACAUUUCUAAAGUCAUACCAAACCCACUAUUUCUUGAGUAGAAUUUUAAAAAAUAUAUAUUUUUUAUUGAUUUCAGAGAGGAAGGGAGAGGGAGAGGGAGAUAGAAACAUCAAUGAUGAGAGAGAAUCAUUGAUUGGCUGCCUCUUUCACGGCCCCCACUGGGGAUCGAGCCCACUACAUAGGCAUAUGCCUUAACCAGGAAUUGAACUGUGACCUCUUGAUUCAUAGGUUGAUGCUCAACCACUGAGCCAUGUCAGCCAGGGUCUUCGGUAGAAUUUAAUAUUACUUAUAGAGAAUUAUUUUAGUACUACAGGCCCGGUGCACGAAUUCGUGCACCAGUGGGGUCCCUCGGCCUGGCCUGCAGGAUCGGGCUGAAACCAGCUCUCCAAUAUUCCCAAGGGGUCACGGAUUGCAAGAGAGCCCAGGCCAGGCCGAAGGAUCCCACGGGUGCACGAUCAGGCCUGGGGAGGGAUGUGGGAGGUUGGCCAGCAGGGGAGGGACCACGGGAGGGCUCCAGGGCAUGUCCGGCCUGUCUCACUCAGUCUCUAUCAGCCAGACCUCAGCAGUAAGCUCACCUACUGGUUGGAGUGUCUUCCCCCUGAUGGUCAGUGCACGUCAUAGCUAGGGGUUGAGUGACCUUAGCAUAUCAUUAGCAUAUUAUGCUUUGAUUGGUUGAAUGGACGACCAGGCACUUAGCAUAUUAGGCUUUUAUUGUAUAGGAUCAUUUUCUUUUCCUACAUUUUUUUCUACUUUGAUCUGUUGGAAAGAUUGCUUCUAUUGAACUAUUUUUCUUGAAUUGGAAGACUAUAGUUUCAUUUAGUAGUAGAACAGUGGAAAGCGGCUACCUAUGAAUUGUUCUCCUUUAGGACAUGUGUGGUAUCCGGAUGGUCGUGCCUUCUGAUAGUGUUUCCAAUAAGGCAGAGGCUUCCGUGAGAAACUCUCCAGCCAGCCUGGCCCCCUGGCAGGGCUCGUGGUGAAGGAAGAGGGGGCUCAGAUCCCCUGAUAGGAGCAUCAGGGGUGGGAGGGCAUGACCACUAUUGUUACAACAGAUCCUUUUAGAGAAUUCCAUUGUGUCAGCAUGAUAUUAAUAAUUUUUAUGUUUGUUGUUAAUAGAAGAAUAUAAAAGCUUUAUAGAGUUCUCAAAUGAAGAAUUCCUUAAUCAGAAUAUGAUGAAAUAAUUUUAUUUGGAAAUGUCUCAUUAAUCUGCAAUUGUUAGCAAUAAGAUGACUUUUCAAAAAACUUAAGUUCAUCUUAUGUCCCCGUUUAAAAAAAAUAGAUGUACAUCUCUGUUAUCUUAGAUGGUGUGCAAAAUAUAGAUAAUAAGUUAUCUUCUAUUGUUUUUAAUCUGAAAAACUAGAUGACCAAAUUGGCUAGAAUUGACUGACGUCAUAUGGCCCAGAUGUUAUGGUUUCAGAUGAGGUGAGUUCACUGGUUUUAGAAGGAACAUUGCAGCUUCUUUUGGCUGAUCAGAAAGGUCAAAAUUAAAACAAUAUAGAAUGACACAGGGUAAAACAUGUAAAUUUCUCUUCACUUGUUCCAUUUUUUUCCAAUACUAGCAUUAAUAACAGCUUGGUAUCUUCAGACUUUAUAAAACACACAUUCAUCCUUUCUAUUUUUGUUUGCACACACACACAGAGUUAAUUAAAAGGAAAUAAUCUAUACAUACUUUAUACAAUUUUGCACAAUGUCUUGGAGAUUCAUGCAUGUACAUAUAUUGCAUGUUAUGUCUUGUAUUUCUCUGUUGAUGGACAUUUUUGUUUACAAUCUAUAAUUAUAACCAUGUCAUAAUAAAGUAGUAAUGAUAAUAAUAGUAAUAUCAACUGGUAACAUUUAUUGAAAGUAUGUAUCAGGUAUGUGCUAAUUUAUCUCAUUUAUAAUUAACAACCAAAUAAAGUAUACACUAUUAAAAUAAACAUUUUAUCAGUGAAGGUUUUUAGUUUCAAAGAGGUUAGUAACAGGCCCAAGUAUAUCAUACCUUUGUACAGUUGUAUGCAUGUAAGAGAUUUGUAUGUGUAAGAUUGUCAGGUGAAAGGGAAUAUUUCACCAUUUUUAAUUUGCUAAGUUGUGUUCCAAAAAGCUUUAUCAAUUCAAACUUAGCAUCAAGGUGUGGGAGCACCUGUUUUCUUAUAUUGUUACACUAAAUAGUGCAAAUCUUUUAACUUUUCCAACUUGUACUUACCUGAUUAUUAAAAUUGAACAUAUUUUAUGCUUA